UGAACACAGGAAAGAGGAAUGGGCUGAGCAGAAACCGGAAGUAAGCGAUACAAAAGCAACUAGAAGUAGUUUUUUUUUAAAGAAAGUACACGUCCAGGUCGAAAAAGUCGCCAUGGGAACUACGGCCAGUCAACUUGGGAAGGACUUGCUCGCAGAAUAUCAAGAACUGACAUUCCUGACAAAACAAGAAAUCCUCCUAGCUCACAAGAGAUUCUCUGAACUGCUCUCUAAAGAUGAGAGAGACCUUCAAAACACCAGGGUCCCGAUGGAGAGGAUCCUUGCUUUGCCAGAACUCAAGUCCAACCCUUUCAGGAACAGAAUCUGCCAUGUCUUCUCAACGUCUGAUAUCAAAAAUGGAAGCCUCACCUUUGAAGAUUUUCUGGAUCUUUUGAGUGCCUUCAGUGACUCUGCUACACUGGAGAUCAAAUCCCACUACGCCUUCCGUAUAUUUGACUUUGACGAUGAUGGAACCCUUGAUUGUGGUGAUCUGGAGAAGCUGGUUAACUGUCUGACCGGGGAGACCGAUGACACAAGACUGACCUCAGAGGAAAUGAGACAGCUCAUCAGCAAUAUCCUUGAAGAGUCAGACAUUGACAAGGACGGAACUGUGAACCUCUCCGAGUUUCAGCAUGUGAUUUCAAGAUCACCAGAUUUUGUCAGCUCUUUCAAGAUUGUGCUGUGAAGACCUCUAGAGGGCUGCGGAGAUGCAUAUCCCCUUUCCUUCUUAUUACAACAAUUUAAUAUUUGCCUUAAAUUAUAUUCACCUCUCGAUUUUAUUGCCUUAACUGUUUUUAUGUAUUGUUUUUGAAAUUAAAAAGCAGAUUUUUUAAAUACCUGUAAAUAAUUAAAAACAUUUACCAAAAGUACAGAA